UUUUAAGAUUUUGAAGAUAUCAAUUUCCUGUGCCUGCGGUAUGAAAUCAGCUAUAAUAGACGGAGUGCCGGAAUAUAUGUAUAAUAUAAGUUACAUAAAUCAUAAGAUAACAUACAUACAAACUGUUUAUCAGGUGCUCAUACAAAAAAGUAAAAUUCGGACAACCAACAGAAACCGGUGGAAAAUAUGGAAUGUUUCUAGCAACAAAUAAUGUCGACUUUUUUUCAGUGUAAUUAAGUACACACAUAUGUAUGUAUGCAUGCAUUUCUAACUACUUUAUGUGAUACCAUAGCAACGCUGAUGCACUAAUUUGUUUAUGCAUCGAUGUAUUGACUGCUAAUAAAAGCACUUGGGCAAGUUCUUACACCACUACACAUUUAAAAUUGAAAAAAGGGGAAAAAUUCGGUAUCAUGAACAAGCAGAAGUCAAAUAAUAGCUCCAAUAACAGUGGAACAUCUUCGGAGACUAGUGAGACUCAAAGUGUUGAAGACCAUCAAACAGUUUUACUAUCUAACAAUCGUAGUUUAUCAUUGAGUAGGGCCAAAAAUAGCUGGAAACGUAUGAAGGAACUGGCUUCAGAAAAGGAAAAGGAAAAUGAAUCUAAACGCCCACCAUGGCGGGCAGUUAGCGUGUCAACGCUUACCAAACCUGACAAGAGUGCAUUGCUUCGUGCUAAAUUACUUGAUGCAUCAAGACGAUUAAGAGCUGGAAAAGUAAAUGUAGGUCUUCAAACGGACUUUGUGCCGACUAAGCUUAUGAAAGAAGCCAGCGUCGAUGCACAAUAUGAUUUAAUUUUGCACAAAGAUAUUGGGAUUCUUACCGAUGGACAAUAUUGUAGGAAGAAGGAUGGCUUUCAACAGUAUAUUUUGACCUAUUCCAUGUCACAAAUGACCGACAGCAUUGCUACAGUUUCUCGGUAUACACAAACGCUUCUGCCCAAAGCUUAUAAUAAGGACGUCAUUAAUAGUUACUUAAUACAAUGUAACGAAGAUGAAAAUGGUAUUGUCUCAAAUUUGGAGACGGGUUUCGAUGAUACAAUUACUAGAAUACGAAAGUUGUAUUUUGACGAGGAGUCUCAAUUACAAAGACAUGCGGUAGGCGCAAAUCGUGGCGGUCUUAACUUAACACCUACCCUAGCCUCGUGGAAUUUUGAUGAUGAUCCAGUUGAAAUGGAAUCUGAUCGACAUUUUAUACCUUAUACCAUAGACUCGUACAGCCCGUGGCGCAGUUUCGCCCCUAUUCCUUUUCAGUUGAGGGGCAAUUCAGUUAUUGGAACUAUGAAAAUUGAUUGGUAUGCUUUGCUGCAGUCUAUCGAUGAACUAAUAAAGGAGUCAAACCAUUUAGUAGACAAACUUGAACAGAUUAUGCUGGGCAAUAGUUUGCAUCAAAAAACUUUUUUGACUAAUAUAGAUCAAAUUACAAAAUUCAAGUCUAGCAACAUUAAGCCCCCAUCUGAGCAUUGGUUGCCAAUCAUUGAACAACAAGAGAAGCAAUUAAAAGCUAUUUUAAGCACGCCUGAAUCCAGUUAUGUUACCCCCGAAUAAAGAAUAUGUUCUUAAUGUUUACGAAAUAAAAA